AGAAAAUGACGUCAUAGGGCCAACUUCACUCCAUAUAAUGAAAUGAAUGACGGUGCCAAGGAAUACGCAAAAUAUUCUUGUGUGAACUAAAUUUCUAAGGAAAAGUAUUUUCGACACACCAGCACAUUUGUGAGAACAUUAAUAAAAGUUUUGUGUUUGGGAAAGUAGGAAAGGGAACAAAUUGUUUGGAAAUAUUUUUUAAGUGAAAAUAAUGGAAAUUACAUCACAAAUGAAUAAUAAUAAUGGAAGUGCACGGAAAAAGGAUACAAACGAUGCAAAGGAAAAUUUGUGGUCCGAAAUAUUGGCAGACGUGCAAAAUCAAGGCAGCACAAAAUUACCGUCAAACAAAUCAGUUCUGGUGUUAGGUGACAAUUCUUCCGGUAAAACAACGCUUAUCGCAAAAUUGCAGGGUGUUGAGGAUCCGAAAAAGGGUUCAGGACUUGAAUACGCUUACAUUGAUGUCCGAGACGAGUACAGAGACGACUUAACUCGAUUAGGCGUUUGGGUAUUGGAUGGUGAUCCAGGCCAUUCCAAUUUGCUGAAAUUUGCCCUUAACGAAUCAAACUACGCUCACACAUUAGUAAUACUCACAGUGUCAAUGACCUCACCGUGGAGUUGGCUGGAUCAACUGCAAAAUUGGAUGAAAGUUUUGGCUGAUCAUGUGGACCAAUUGAAAAUCGACUCAGAUGACAGACAGGAAUCACGACAGCGACUUGUUACCGCUUGGCAAAAUUAUUGUGAAACGGGCGAUCAUUUAGAUCCUAGUUCACCGAUUAAGCGAACGGUUCGUAUUCCGUCGGUGGACGAUGAAGAUGUCUUACCACUUCCAGAUGGAGCGUUCACGACAAAUAUAGGCCUGGAUAUGGUAGUUGUUGUAACAAAGACUGAUUACAUGACUACAUUGGAAAAGGAGUAUGAUUACAAAGACGAACAUUUCGAUUUUAUGCAACAAUGGAUCCGACGAUUUUGUCUUCAACACGGAGCGUCGCUAUUCUAUACCAGUGUAAAGGAAGACAAAAAUUGUGAUCUGCUGUACAAGUAUUUAACACAUCGAAUUUACGAUUUACCAUUCCGGACACCUGCCUUGGUUGUGGAAAAGGAUGCGGUUUUGAUACCCGCCGGUUGGGAUAACAUGAAUAAGAUUAGUAUUCUGCACGAAAAUAUGCAAACCUGUAAACCAGACGAGUACUACACAGAUGUGAUAACGGCUCCACCAACGAGAAAGACUGUCUCGAAUCGUGAAGUCGAAGUGCAAACAGAAGAUGAGCAAGCAUUUCUAGCACGACAGCAACAAUUACUUAUGCAAGGGCAAAGUCCAUCAAGUAGAGGCGAAUCGCCGAUGCGCACUCCCAGUGGUCCAAAGUCGACGCCUAGAGCGCCGAUUGACGGCAAAUUGAAUUCCGGUACGCCUGGCGGUGAAGGGGUCUUAGCGAAUUUCUUCAAUUCACUGUUGAACAAAAAAGCUGGAUCGCCUGGUAGUAGUCCGAAUGCGGCCGCUUCUCCUCGUUCACUGAAUGGAACCGUAGAUAUUAGCGAUAUAACGGCAAUGCGAUCUGAUGCGGCGGCUGAAUUAGAUCGGUUGACGCGUAAGAAAGAAAUGGAUUGCACACAAACAGAUUGUUGAGGCAAUGGGAAGUUAUUGGUUCUGUUGGAUGUGUGGAUAUGAAUUCUUAAGAUAACCGUACUUGAUGGCAACAAAACAGAAAACAAAAAGAACAAACAAUAAAAUAUGCCACGGCCAACCGAUCGGGUAUAGAUUUUCUUCCGUUUAAUCAAAAUGCUUUACGGCUUUCUGUUUUAUCCUCAUAAAAACUACAGAAACGAAGAAUCUCUUCUUCGAGUUGGCUAUUGUGAUUCUCUGCUGUAAGUUUGUUUCUUCAAAUAUUUUUUUUUAAAUUUUUUCUUUUUAAGUUAGUGUUGUGGUUGAUCUUUUUGAUUUGAAAAUGGAAAUUGAAAGGGGAAAUUGUGCGAGUACUCACCUAUUUGGGGUUAAUGAGCCAAAAUGUUUAAAAUUGAUGAAUAGAUUUGAUUUUGUACAAAUUGUCUUGAUUUCUACAUGAAUGUCUACUUUCCGUCACUCCAUAAUUUCCAAGAUAUGGGUUGUUUCCACUUAACCUACUUCUGAAGUAGAACCGAUUUAUGGUUUUUCGGGAUAAGACAAUUUUAUUGAACCAGGGCGUUACAUUUUUCUGGUGUCUCUGAUACAGAAGAGAAUAUUUUUCUAAUCACGGAACGACGAAGCACGACAGAUUAUAAAUCAUUUUAUUCAAACAACUUUUCAGUCAACUAUUCAAAACAGUUAACUUAAAAAAAUUACCAGUGAAAUUCAGUGCCGUUAACUGUAUAACAAAUGAUUUCAAAGUAUUGUGACACCGUUGCCUUCAAUUGAGAGAAAGGUUUACUUCUCUCAAGUUCUGUCUCUUGUUUGCCAUAAAAGAAAAACCGUGAGGGGGAGGUGUCAUAUCAUUUCGAUAAAACGUCGUCAAAUGUUUAACCUUUCAGAGACGGUUAGUCAUUAUAUUGUCGACGAUGUCGACGAUGAUGUGAAAUCACCUCUCCCUGCGUACUCCAAAAUUUAUGGAGAAAAUUUCAAAAGUUUACCCUUUCGUCAGAUACAGAUACACUGUGAAGCGUCGGUAGUUUGUGCAUGGCGUCUUGUCGUUUCUGAAAAGUUAAAAAUUGAUGACACGAUUUUUUUUGCUUUGUAAUCACCUGAUGCAAGCAAAAAUGAACGCACGGGUAAAUUUAGCUGAAACAAACUUGCGAAUUUUUUGUUUGUUUGUGGAAGAACUCAAUUUAAUAUUUAAAAACAAAGUCCUCUAACAUGCAUUUAGCGAUUUAUUCUGCUUAUCCAGUGAUUGUCGAUUAUGAUUUAUGACAGAAGAAAAAUCUUUGCAGAAGAAAAAUCGGUGAACAAUUGUUUGACUGUUAAAGUUCUUCGGUUAACAUGUUUGCCGAAGACAUUACUUUCGAGUUCGCUUUCAAACCAUAAAGUGCCAUUUAACGGGAGAAUUUUGUAAUUUUAUUUUAUUUUUUCCUUGGAAAAAGUCAAUUUUCCGAAAAAUUUUUAUUUCUUUUCGAAGAAUGUUUUUUUUUGGCAUACUGAGAAUUACGAUAACGAACACUUUCAAUUCAAUUUUUGUUAUUCGUUCCACAUGCGGAAUUCUAUGUGUAAAGUGGGGCCUAUUUUUAGGAAAUUUUGUUCCUCAACUUUCUUAGAGUUUCCUGACUUUCUAAAAUUUCUAAAAAACAAAAAUCUCACAAAUUUCUCCUUUUUGAGAAAUUUGUUAGAAAUUCAAGAAAAUUUUAGAAAUGAAAUUGCUGAAAAAUAGGCCUUAGUGAAGGUAGAGUGUUGGCAUACCAAAUGUGGAUAUAUCGCAUGUGCAAGUUGGAUGAAAUGAACAUUGGAUGUCCAGGAUAUCGUUAUGUUCUCACACUGUAUAGCCAUCGGAAGAGUCACACGCUUUACCGUAAUAUACCAAUGGAAUCAAUAACACGCUCAUUUUAUAUAAUUUAAAUGCAAAAUACACAAAAGUUUUAAUUUAAAAAGAGUAUAAAACGCAUAAAUCUUAAAAAUAUUUUUUAAUUUAUUUGUCAAGAUGAAAAAAAAAGAAGAAAAAAUUAAAAGCAAAAAACAAACGAAUUACGUGUUUAGAAAACAUCAAAUUUUUGUUUUUAAGUAAACGAAAAGGGAAAAAGUUUCUAGUUACUUUGUUUAGACACAUAUUGAACUUAUAGGACACAUAAAAGAGAGAGAGAGAGAAAGUGUGGUAAAACUUAAAUAACCAAUUUAUUAAUUUGAAUAAUGUUAUUUAUGUGAAGAAAAGGAAGAAAGUUUUAAGUAAAAUGCAAAGAUAAGAAAGUUAAUAAGUAAAACAGAGGAAGAUAAUCGUGAAGACGAAGAGUACUAUUCUAUAAAAAUUAGUUAAUUAAUUAACAUUAAAACAACAAAAGAAA